AUGUCGGAUCGCGCUGGAAAUAACGACGACGCUCUUCCCCACGAUCCAAUGGUCGACGAGGAGGAGGUCGAUGGUAUUGAGGAGAUGUUCAACAACGAGGAGGAGGAUCCAGAAGACGAGGAGGGCGAGAAUCUGUUUGGAGAUGAUAUGGAGAGAGACUACCGCGCUCAACCGGAACUCGAUCAGUACUCCGAAUCCGGAAUGGACGACGCAUCGGACAUCGGAAGUCUCAACGUCGAUGCUCGUCGUGCCGCUGAACGUGAAAUGGCUCAACGCGAUCAACUUCUCGACGACGACGCUCUGAUGUACGAGGAUGCGGACAUCGACUCAUCCGAUCAGCGUGGCAGACGUGGCCGCGGUGGAAGACGUGAUCGUCGUCGUGAAGACGUCGACGAGGCGAUGGAGGAGGAGGAUAUUCCAGUUGAUAUUCUGGAGAAUAUCCGUGGUCGAACGAUUCGCGAUCACGUCUCCGAUGAAGCUGUCGCGAAGGAAAUCGAGCGGAGAUUCAAGAAUUUCCUGAGAAGUUACCACGAGCCGGGUAGCAAACAGACGAAAUACAUUCAACUGAUCAAAGCGAUGGCGGCGGAUAACAAGGAAUCACUGGAAGUUAGCUUCACCGAUUUGAGUGAUGAGAAUGGAGAGCAGAAUAUCUCGUAUUUCUUGCCAGAGGCGCCGAAUGAGAUGUUGGCUAUUAUGGAUCGUGCCGCCACUGACGUCGUCAUGAAUAUGUAUCCAUUCUAUACUCGUGUCUGCAGUGAGAUUAAAGUCAGAAUCUCCCAACUGCCCGUCGAGGAAGACAUCCGAAUGCUUCGUCAGGUUCAUCUGAAUAUGUUGAUUCGUACCAGUGGUGUCGUCACAAUUGCCAGUGGAAUUCUUCCGCAAUUGGCUGUUGUGAAGUACGAUUGUGUCGCUUGCGGCUACUUGUUGGGUCCGUUCGUGCAGACGAACGAUGAGGAAGUGAGACCGACGAUUUGUCCGUCGUGUCAAGGAAAAGGACCGUUCGAGUUGAAUGUAGAGAAUACUGUCUACCACAACUACCAGCGCAUCACAAUGCAAGAGUCUCCGAACAAAGUCGCCGCUGGUCGUCUCCCACGCUCCAAAGACGUCAUCCUCCUCGGCGAUCUGUGUGAUUCGUGCAAACCAGGAGACGAAGUGGAGGUCACCGGUGUCUACACCAACAAUUUCGAUGGCUCUCUCAACUAUAAGCAAGGAUUCCCAGUAUUCAACACACUGAUCCACGCGAAUCACAUCUCAAAUAAGGACAAAAUGGCGUCGGAUAAUUUGACGGAUGAGGAUAUCAAAGCGAUCAGAGACCUCUCGAAAGACCCGAAUAUCGCCACAAGAGUGUUCGCUUCGAUUGCUCCAUCGAUUUACGGUCACGACGAUGUGAAGAGAGCUAUCGCGUUGGCUCUGUUCAGAGGAGAAGCCAAGAAUCCAGGAGAUAAACAUCGUUUGAGAGGAGAUAUCAAUGUGUUGCUCUGUGGAGAUCCAGGAACUGCAAAGUCUCAAUUCCUGAGAUACGCUGCUCAUAUCGCUCCAAGAUCCGUUCUGACUACGGGACAAGGUGCCUCUGCUGUCGGUCUCACCGCCUACGUUCAACGGCACCCGGUGACUCGUGAAUGGACUCUGGAGGCCGGAGCCAUGGUUUUGGCUGAUAAGGGAGUGUGCCUUAUCGAUGAGUUCGACAAAAUGUCAGAUCAAGACAGAACUUCAAUCCACGAGGCUAUGGAGCAACAAUCCAUUUCUAUCUCCAAGGCUGGAAUUGUGACGAGUCUCCACGCUCGUUGCACAGUCAUCGCCGCUUCGAAUCCAAUCGGUGGACGCUAUAACCCGACUCGCACAUUUGCUGAAAAUGUAGAUCUCACUGAACCGAUUCUCUCUCGUUUCGACGUUCUCUGUGUCAUUCGAGACUCUGUGGAUUCGGUGGAAGACGAGCGUCUUGCCAAAUUCGUCGUUGGAAACCAUCGUCAAUACCAUCCGGAUACAGUAAGACAGGCGAACAACGAGGAGCAUCAUGAUGAGGAUAAAAUCGAUGAGCGUACCGGUGUCCGUCUGAUUCCACAAGAUUUGCUCCGGAAAUAUAUCAUCUACGCUCGUGAGAAGUGUCAUCCGACGCUCUCCAAUCAACACACUGAGAAGUUCUCGAGUAUUUUCGCUAUGAUGAGAAAAGAGAGUAUGGCGACGGGAUCGGUGGCGAUCACUGUUCGUCACGUUGAAUCGAUGAUUCGUUUGUCUGAGGCUCACGCGAAACUUCAUCUCAGAUCAUACGUCAACGACGACGAUUGCUCGGCCGCCACUCGCAUCAUGCUCGAAUCGUUCGUCAACACUCAGAAGGCGUCAAUCAUGCGUCAAAUGAAGAAGACAUUCUCCCGUUAUCUAACAGAGAAUCGUUCGGCCAACGAGCUUCUCCUCUUCAUUCUCAAACAACUCGUCCGCCAACAAAUGCACUACGCGACCGCCCGUGGUGGUGAUUCCGUCAUGCAGAGUGUCUCCGUUCCAGAAUCGGAAUUCAUUGAGAAGGCCCAACAACUGAGAAUUGAAAAUGUGAAGCCGUUCUACACUUCAGAUGUGUUCUCGUCGAACAACUUCAUCUACGAUCCGUCGAAGAAGCAAAUCGUUCAGGAGAUUUUCUAA